AUGCACGGGGGCCGGGGGCCACUGCCCCUCCUGCUGCUGCUGGCUGCUGGCCUGGGAGCCCAGGGCCGCAACCAGGAGGAGCGGCUGCUUGCAGACCUGAUGCACAACUACAACCCGCAGCUGCGGCCAGCCCAGCACGACGCGGAUGUGGUCAACGUCAGCCUGAAGCUCACCCUCACCAACCUCAUCUCCCUGAAUGAGCGAGAGGAGGCCCUCACCACCAACGUCUGGAUAGAGAUGCAGUGGUGCGACUAUCGUCUGCGCUGGGACCCCCAAGACUAUGAAGGCCUGUGGGUGCUGAGGGUGCCGUCCACCAUGGUGUGGCGGCCAGAUAUCGUCCUGGAGAACAACGUGGACGGCGUGUUCGAGGUGGCCCUCUACUGCAACGUGCUCGUGUCCCCCGACGGGUGUGUCUACUGGCUGCCGCCUGCCAUCUUCCGCUCCUCCUGCCCCAUCUCCGUCACCUACUUCCCCUUCGACUGGCAGAACUGCUCCCUGGUCUUCCAGUCCCAGACAUACAGCACCAACGAGAUUGAUUUGCAGCUGAGUCAGGAGGAUGGCCAGACCAUCGAGUGGAUUUUCAUCGACCCAGAGGCCUUUACAGAGAACGGGGAAUGGGCCAUCCGGCACCGGCCGGCCAAGAGGCUGCUGGACCACGCGGCACUGGCAGAGGACGCGGGCCACCAGAAGGUGGUGUUCUACCUGCUCAUCCAGCGCAAGCCCCUCUUCUAUGUCAUCAACAUCAUCGCCCCCUGCGUCCUCAUCUCCUCCGUAGCCAUCCUCAUCUACUUCCUCCCUGCCAAGGCGGGCGGCCAGAAGUGUACGGUCGCCAUCAACGUGCUCCUGGCCCAGACCGUCUUCCUCUUCCUCGUGGCCAGAAAGGUGCCCGAGACCUCCCAGGCAGUGCCACUCAUCAGCAAGUAUCUGACCUUCCUCCUGGCAGUGACCAUCCUCAUUGUCGUGAAUGCCGUGGUCGUGCUCAACGUGUCCUUGCGUUCCCCACAUACACACUCCAUGGCCCGCCGGGUCCGCAAGGUGUUCCUGCAGCUCCUGCCCCAGCUGCUGCGGAUGCACGUCUGUGAGCUGGCCCCAGAGGCUGUACGGGACAUCCGGCCCCAGCUACAGAAUGGCUCCUUGGGGUGGUCAAGUACAGCUGGGGAGGGGGCUGCCCUCCGCCUGCCUCGCAGUGAACUCCUCUUCCGGCAGCGGAAUGGGCUGGUGAGGGCAGUGCUGGAGAAGCUAGAGAAAGGCCUGGAGCCAGGACAGAGCCAGGGGUUCUGUGGCAGCCUGAAGCAGGCCGCCCCGGCCAUCCAGGCCUGUGUGGAAGCCUGCAACCUCAUCGCCCGCGCCCGGCACCAGCAGAGCCACUUUGCCAGUGGGAACGAGGAGUGGUUCCUGGUGGGCCGCGUGCUGGACCGCGUCUGCUUCCUGGCCAUGCUCUCGCUCUUCGUCUGUGGCACUGCUGGCAUCUUCCUCAUUGCCCACUGCAACCAGGUGCCUGCCCUGCCAUUCCCUGGAGACCCCCGCCCCUACCUGCCCUCACCCGACUGAGCCAACCAACCUCUGCCGGCACAUGGACACAGUGACACUUAUCAGCUGUGUUCUUCUGCCACGGAGGUCCCUAAUAUGGUCUUUGGGAGGUGCCCUUCAAGACCAUGAAAGCCAGAUCGCCCAAAAGAAGCAGAGGAAAUAA